AUGCCUCAAAUUGUAUUAAUGAAAGCAGAAUAUUUAAUAUUACUUAGCUGUUUACUGACAUUUGCUGUUGUGACAAAUGCUUUUUACGCUAAAAAACAAUUUUAUCCAUCUGUUGUCUACUUGACUAAAUCGAGUACAAGUCUCGCAGUUCUUUACGUUCAAGGAUUUGUAUUUGCUAUUUUGUUUGGUAAACUUGUGCAAAGAAUAUUUCUUGGUCAACUGCGAGCAAUUGAAACUGAACACCUUUACGAUCGUACAUGGUUUUCAGUAACUGAAACAUGUUUGGCAUUUACGGUUUUUCGUGAUGAUUUUAGUUCACGUUUUGUUGCUUUAUUUGCAAUUUUACUUUUUCUCAAAUGUUUCCAUUGGCUAUUGGAAGAUCGAGUUGACUAUAUGGAACAAAGUCCUAUUCUUGGCCCAAUAUUUCAUGCACGAGUUAUUAGUCUUUCAAGUGCUUUAUUUCUUCUCGAUUACUUGUUCAUCGUAUCGGCUUAUUCUCAUACAAUAGCAAGAGGAGCAUCGGUGCAAAUUGUUUUUGGUUUUGAAUAUUCAAUUCUUCUUGUUUCUAUUAUUUUAACGGUAAUCAAAUAUAUUCUGCAUACAAUAGAAAUUCGUACCGGUGAACAAUGGGAAAAUAAAGGUGUAUUCAUGCUUUAUUCUGAUCUUAUUCUCGGGUUUAUUCGAGUUGUACUCUAUAUGUUAUUUAUGAUUGUUAUGAUGAAAAUUCAUACAUUUCCACUAUUUUCUAUUCGACCAAUGUUCAUUGCGAUGAGAGCAUUCCGUAAAUCGUGCAAUGAUGUCAUAGAAUCACGACGUGCAAUAAAUAACUUGAAUACAAUGUAUCCUGAUUUAACAGCAGAUGAACUUGUCAAUGUUGCUGAUACAACGUGUAUUAUAUGUCGGGAAGAAAUGCAAGUACAACAAAGUAUUAAACGCCUUGGCUGUCAACAUAUAUUUCAUAAGAACUGUUUACGUUCUUGGUUUCAACGUCAACAAGCUUGUCCUAUUUGUCGAACAACUGUUUUAAGAUCUAGAGUACCAGGAACUCCUAAUGCGCCUGCAGCCGCUGCCCCUGCUGCUGCAGCAGCAGCAGCACCACCACCACCACCACAACAGCAACAACAAACUCAAGCUCCUAAUGCUGGAGCAUCAUCUACUAGAACUACCCCACCGUCGUCAUCUACUAUGCCUCCACCACCUUCAACUUCGACAUCACCUAUGUUUAAUUUUCCACCAUUCAAUCCAACAACUGCUCAAAAUGCAUCAUCGGUAAUGAUGUCACAAAUGCCAUUUAAUUCUUUUCCUAUGGUAUUACCACCUUUUGCUUUCCCUCCACCACCGUUACCUCCUCUUAAUUUCGCUGGUAUGUCGGACGUAGCAAUUCGAGCAAUGGAAGGAACUGAAUUAGCACAUGUUCAAACACGUAUUCAAUGCUUGCGUAAUGUAAGAAGUUUACUAGAUGCAUCAAUCAUACAAAUGGAACAAUAUAUGAAUAUUGUAUCAACACAGAGUAAUAUGGACAAUGGUACGCGCAUAUUAAGAAAUCUUAGUAAUGAUGUAAAUCAAGUCACAAAAACACCAUCAAGUUCACUGAUCGAUGAAAAUGAUGCAGAUCUUAUUCGUCGUCGCCGUUUAGAGCACUUAUCAAAUAAAGUAAUAUCUUCGACAUCAACAGACACACAAGAUGAUAAAAACAAUACUGAUACUUAG